ACUCGCGACUUUAGUUUCUCGGAACUGCUGCUCGGCGCCUGUCACUACCGCACCUCCGUCAUCAUCCGUUGCAUUUACUACAAGCCCCCCGGUUCCUCCGCCUCCGCUCCGCACAAACGGAAACCGGCCAUUUGCUCGGUUUCUUCGUAGACGUUUUAUCCGUUCUUUUCGGUUCCGUUACCCUUGGUGCGAGUGUGUUUCCGUGUCGUCUAGACAACAAUCAUGUCGUCGGAACCGAUUCGUGUCGUAGUAACCGGUGCAGCCGGCCAGAUCGCCUACUCGCUGCUGUACAUGGUGGCGAAGGGUGAUGUGUUCGGACCGGAGCAACCGCUGAUCCUGCAUUUACUGGACAUUCCGCCGAUGAUGGGCGUGCUGGAGGGUGUCGUGAUGGAGCUGGCCGACUGUGCCUUGCCGCUGCUCGUUAGCGUGAUACCGACCGCCGAUCCGGCCGUCGCCUUCAAGGAUGUGGAUGCCGCUUUCCUCGUCGGUGCGAUGCCCCGCAAGCAGGGUAUGGAGCGCAAGGACCUGUUGUCGGCCAACGUGAAGAUUUUCAAGGUGCAGGGUGAAGCACUGGACAAGCACGCCAAGAAGGAUGUGAAAGUCCUGGUCGUCGGUAAUCCGGCCAACACGAACGCGCUGGUAUGCUCGCACUAUGCACCGUCGAUCCCGAAGCAGAACUUUACCGCCAUGACGCGGCUGGAUCAGAACCGGGCCCAGGCACAGAUUGCGGCCCGGCUCGGAGUCGGCAUCACGAAGGUUAAGAACAUCAUUAUCUGGGGCAACCAUUCGGCAACGCAAGUUCCGGACGCACGGAAUGCCUCAGUCGAGGUGAACGGUGUUACCAAGAGCGUUCCGGAAGCGGUGGCCAACGAUGAGUUCCUGAAGCAGGAGUUCCUCGAAACGGUCCAGAAGCGCGGGGCUGCUGUUAUUGCGGCACGUAAAAUGUCGUCCGCAAUGUCGGCAGCCAAGGCGGCCAGCGAUCACAUGCGCGACUGGUUCGCGGGUACGCGCGAUGGCGAGUACGUCUCGAUGGGUGUCAUCUCGGACGGUAGCUACGGUGCGCCGAAGGAUAUCGUUUUCUCCUUCCCGGUGCAGAUCAAAAACCGUCAGUGGACGAUCGUGCCGGGGCUACAGGUAGACGAGUUCGCACGCGGCAAGCUGGACAUCACCGCUAAGGAGCUGCUGGAGGAGAAGGAGGAAGCGAUGGCUGUCUGUGCCGCCGAUUGACUAGUUAAACUGUAAAACGGAAUUUUUGUAGGAAAACCCACCCAGAAAACCCGCUUUCCUGCCCGGCCAGUAAUUGGUCAUUAAAAAAUAGAAAACAAAACAUCACACCCCGUUGUACCCAGUAGGAGGUGAUCAGUGCUUUAGCGGCCGGGCAGCUGACACGCUUUCGGUUUCAUUUUUGUACCACACGCUGCUACGCUCCGCCUGUGUAGGUUUCCUCCUGUAAUGAUUUUGUUUUACAGUUACCCGAUGAGUUAUUUUUUUCCUUUUUCCAAGUUUCGCUUUCGAAAGCGAUGAUCGUUGCUUUACACCCUCGGAUCGCGAUAUUGUGACUAACGGUUAUUUUGAGAGAAGGAGACACACACGAGCUAAUAUUGUUGAUAUGCUAACGGAGGUGAAAAGAAAGGGGGUAGUUUGUAGGAGCUGGUCAAUCAGUUACCUAGACCAAAUUGUUAACUGUAGCCCGGAGGUAAGAGGAACAUUACAUAGAGAAAAAAUAAAAACAAGAUAACCCGCGCAUUCGUAACAUGAACUAAUGCGGGUAAAGCAA